AUGAAGUCCGCUGCACCUUCUAGCGGUGUUAAUAGUCAUCGAGAGCAAAACUAUCAGGUGGGGAUGAUGAGACAAAACUCAACUGCUACGAGAGUAUCCCACGAUGCUAAAAAGUUCAAGGUCAUGAAAAUGGCUCAGGCGGCAAGAUGCCUUUGGUGGAAAGCCAUAAAAUUCAAGGAGCAUGUGUGGACCGCAAGGUUCAUGAAUCUAACCAACGGGCAAAUGGCAAUCGGUAUUCGAGUUCGAGAUGGAAUGAAGAUCUGGCAAUACGGAGCAAGCUGGAAAGACAGCAAUGCCUUGGAUCGACCGAAUCGACACACUGAACUGAUGGUAAAUGUUCACCGAAAGGAAAAUUCCCGGGUCCUCCCGGGAUUUUGCACCAAAAAUCCACGGCUCGACAAUAUUCAUGCUAUUUGGCGGUCCAUGCAGCUCUCACUGUGCAAUAAUUUGAUAGGCUUUUUGGAAAAAUGGUUGGGGAGUCGCGACCCUGUAGAAUGUGGCAGCACGAAAGGGUCCACCUCUUCGGACAGUGGAUGGUGGGGAGAAUCAGACUUAAAUGAGCUAAUGCUUCGAGGGUUAUUUGGUAGUAACUUGGGCAAAACCCGUGGUGAAGAUGGUCUGAGUGAAACUCCCGGAAUCAUGCUUACCAUCCGAUCUAAUCUACUCGAUCCCUGGAAUUGGGCUAAUGUUAACCAUAGGAAUUGUGAUGCAUAG